UUUGCACAUUCCUAAAAUGGAGAAAUGGAUCACAGGAAAGUGCCCGCCCCAGGCGUGGGUGCUGUGCCGAAGGCAGACCGCGGGACUCAGGGUGCCUCGGGUGCAAAGUGCGAGAGGCGUCUGAGCUCUCAUACUCCAACUCCAUCCCCGCCCACAAGGCGGAGCCACCUGUCCCGGCCCCGCCCCGGGCCCCGCGGAGACUUAGCGGGACCCCGGAGCGGCCGGGGCUCCGGGGAAAUACGUAGCGAAGGCCGGUCGGGGGCGGAGCGAGGGGCGGGGCCUGCGCGGGAGCUACGUCCGGGGCGGGGCCAGGUGAGUGGACCUCGGAGCUGAGCCCAGGUGAGGCGCCGGCAGGGCGUUGGAAGGACCCGUGCCUGGAUCCCCAAGAGGUGGCAUCGUGACAGUGUGCCUGGGCCACCUGCCCACCAGCAGAGCAUGUCCCGGCUGGACUUGGAGGAGUUGGCUGAAAUAGAGCUACAGAGAGAUGAGGAGGGGGCAGCCGCACUGGAUGCAGUGAGGAGACCCUCCGCGGUGCCCACGGCUGGCCAGGACCCUGCGCUGAGCAUGAAUCACCCCUUCUACGACGUGGCCAGACAUGGCAUCCUGCAGGUGGCAGGGAAGGACCACCUCGGGAGACGCGUCAUCACGUAUAGCUGUUGCCGGAUGCCCCCCUCCCACGAGCUCAACCACAGGCGUCUGCUGGAGUACCUGAAGUACACGCUGGACCAGCACGUGGCAAACGACUACAUCAUCGUCUACUUCCACUGCGGCCUGAGCAGCCAGAACAAGCCGUCCCUACGCUGGCUCCAGGACGCCUACCAGGAGUUCGACAGGAAGUACAAGAAGAACCUGAAGGCCCUCUACGUCGUGCACCCCACCAGCUUCAUCAAAGUCCUGUGGAACGUCUUCAAACCGCUGAUCAGUCACAAGUUUGGGAAAAAAGUCACCUAUUUCAACCAUCUGAGUGAGCUCCGUGAACACCUCCAAUGCGACCAGCUGGUCAUCCCCCCGGAAGUUCUGCGGUAUGACGAGAAGCUGCAGGACCUGCAAAGGGGCAGGCCGCUCCCCCCCGCCAAGACGCCACCACCGCGGCCCCCUCUGCCCACCCAGCAGUUUGGCGUCAGUCUGCAAUACCUCAAAGACAAAAAUCGAGGUGAACUCAUCCCCCCUGUGCUGAGGUUCACAGUGACAUACCUGAGAGAGAAAGGGCUCCGCUCGGAGGGCCUCUUCCGAAGAUCAGCCAGUGUCCAGACCGUCAGCGAGAUCCAGCGGCUGUACAACCAGGGGAAGCCCGUCAACUUUGACGACUAUGGGGACAUCCAGGUCCCUGCCACGAUCCUGAAGACCUUCCUGCGGGAGCUGCCCCAGCCGCUGCUGACCUUCAAGGCCUAUGAGCAAGUCCUCGGGAUCACCAGUGUGGAGAGCAGCCUGCGGGUGGCCUACUGCCGCCAGAUCCUGCAGGGCCUUCCGGAACACCAUCGUGCCGUCCUUGGCUACCUCGUGGGCUUCCUGCACGAGGUGUCCCGGGAGAGCAUUUUUAACAGAAUGAACAGCUCCAGCCUGGCCUGCGUCUUUGGGCCGAACUUAAUCUGGCCGUCCCAGGGGGCGGCUUCCCUGAGCUCCCUCGUGCCGCUGCACCUGUUCACCGAGCUGCUGAUCGAGCACCACGGGAAGGUCUUCAGCACCCAGGACGCCCGUGGGGAGCUGGGCGCCGGCUUGGCCGGGCCGGGAGAGCAGAGCGGCCCCUCGGCCGGAGGCCUCGCUGUGCCUACCGUGCCUCCGUCCCCCAGCCCGGGCCGGGAGACUCCGCGAGAGCUGGAAAUGUCACGCUGAGGUCUCCGUCUGUGUGCGCGUAAGCUGGCCAUUAAAUGAACUUCCAGGGACCCUGCCGGUGACAGUUCUGUGGUCCUGGGUCUUUGGCCCUUGCCCGUUGUUCCUGAGCUGUGGGCUGGGAUAAGACGAUGGAUGUGUUUGAAUCUGUUUGAACCCGAUGAGGCUUAACUGACAAUGGGAAUUUAUGGGCUGGGCCCUCGUGUUCGGCAUCUCUUGCUGCCGUGAUGCAGCUGUUUGUUCUAGCUCGCCAGCCAGUGGGUCGGCUGGGCGGUUCUGGUCUCGUCGGGGCUGCUGGGGAGACAGCUCGCCCGCGAGUGUCGCAUUUCGCUCUGAGGGGCCGGACGGGCGUGGCCCCGCGAUGCGGGCCGGGAGCAGGCACCAGUGCAGGUGGCUUCUUAGCUUUGGUUGCUGUCUUAUAUGCUCCCGCCCUGGUGGCCAAAGCCAGUCUCGUGGCCAAGGCCAGGGUCACCAUGGGCGGGCUCUGCGAAGUUAUUUGGCAAAGGGGGUGGCUGCAGGUAAGAUGGAAGAUUAGGCUGGUAGAGCCAUCGGCCCUCCCGAGGGCCGCAGGACGAGUAAUGACACCGAUCCGAUUAAAGUUUCGGAGCAGAGGAGAUGGAGCUGGGA